AUGCAAGCUGUGGGGAGACUAGGUAGCUACAUUAGUAAAAGCGUAUACUCAGUUUCGGGCCCUUUUCACCCAUUUGGUGGUGCAGUUGAUAUUAUCGUAGUAGAGCAGCCUGACGGGACCUAUAAAUCCUCCCCUUGGUAUGUCCGGUUUGGGAAAUUUCAAGGUGUACUGAAAACAAAAGAGAAGGUGGUCAGCAUCAACGUUAAUGGGGUUGAGGCAAAGUUUCACAUGUACUUGAAUCAUAAAGGGGAGGCUUAUUUCUUGAAGGAAGUUGAUGGAGAAGAAAAUGAUGGCGGGAUUCCAGCUUGCUCACCUCCAUCCUCAUCCGGUGAGGACAUGGAAAGAAGCAUGAAUAGGAGGCCGUUGGAAACAAUAAAUUACAAUUGCGACCCUAAGUGGUCUGAGAACGAAAAAGAUGCAGUGAUCAAGAUGAAUUCUCGGCCAUCUCAGAUUUUGGGUCUUGUUUUUGGCAGAAAACCAGCAAAAGGUGAAGAAAAUGAAUCUGGGGCUGUCAGGGCAGACUCUUUGGAACGAGCCGAGAUUGCAGCCGAUUUACUUGACUUGAAGUGGUCGACCAAUCUUGAUUCUCCUAGGCUCAAGAAAGGUAAUAAUAGUUGUAAUAAUAACAAUAAUGCGUCACGGGUUUCGACUGAUAUAUCAAGAGAUGGAGUGGAUAUAAAUUUGCUGGUUGAUGAUUCUCGUAUUGGGGAAAAUAUGAACGAAAUGAAAUGUGUAAUUGAAAAGUAUGUUGUUGAAACAAUAACUUCAGUUGAAAAUUCGGAGAGUGAAGAAACAGGCUUCUCUAGAUCAGAAUAUCAUGCUAGUCCAGCUAAUGUAAUCUCAGAGGUUAGGAGACCCGGUACACAGAUUCAAGAUUUUGUCGAGAAGGGUAAAGGGGAUACUCAGUUUACUUUGGUUCGUGAAGAGAGGGUGUGUACAAGUGGAGGAAGUACGUGUACUGCUUCAGAAACUAUCAUCGCUGAAUAUUCUGAAUCAGUUUCAAUUCACGAAGCUAAUAAAAAAGUCGUUUCACAAGGUGAAGAAGUAAAUGCGUGUGGAUCCCCUGAAGGGCUUCCUUGUAAACCCCAAAGUUUGAUCUGUGAUAAUCAAGAACCCAGAAUCUCAGAGGAAGAGCAUCUGGUCUUUGGUAAUCUAGAUGAUUUUGGUUUGGCUGAUGUUAGAGCGGAUUCCUCAAUUUCAUCAAGGGAUGACGAUGGUGUUAAUGAGUCAUGUAAUGCAAAAUGUUUGUCAUUGGACCAAUCUGUUAUAGACAACUAUAUUGACGAUGUUGAUCCACAGAGAAUAGGGUUAAGAUCAGUAUCUAGCGAGUCUUGCAUUAAGGAAACUGGCAAUGUUCAUUCCAAAGCUGUCAAAAGACUAGUGAGGUCAUUGCCGAUUACAGGACCUCUCGGUGAUAAGCUUGAGAUAAGUGAUGAGCGACAAUCUCCUGGUGCUCAAACGUAUGGUAGUGUUGCAAUUAUACAAGAUAUGAAAGAGGGACAUGAUAACCCGGUGACCGGUACUCCUCCUAGGCCGAUUGAUUCUUCAAAUGGAACUCAGAGAACUUGGCCAUUCCCUUUUAAGAGAUCAAAAAGCAUGAAAAGUACUCGUGUGGAGACAAAUGCCAUUGAAAAUCAUAAUUUGGUGGAGGUCCUAAGGAACUCCGGAAAUUUGGAAGGGAAGGAAGAUGUGACCAAAGUAAAGGAAAGAAAGAGGACAUUUAUGCGAACACUUACUCCAACAUCUGAACAGCUGGCAUCUUUAAGUUUGAAAGAAGGAAAGAAUAUAGUGGUAUUCACCUUCCAAACCGCUAUGCUGGGCAAGCAACAGGUUGAUGCCCGGAUUUUUCUUUGGAGAUGGGACACUCGAAUUGUUAUCUCUGACGUUGAUGGUACAAUUACACGGUCUGAUCUUCUAGGUCAAGUUAUGCCUUUGGUUGGUAUGGACUGGUCACAGACAGGUGUUGCCCAUCUGUUCUCAGCAAUUAAGGAGAAUGGAUAUCAGUUACUUUUUCUAAGUGCACGUUCAAUUGCUCAGUCCUUCCUUACACGGCAAUUCCUUUUGAACAUUAAACAGGAUGGAAAAGCCCUACCUGACGGCCCUGUCGUUAUUUCCCCUGAUGGCCUCUUUCCUUCUCUAUUUCGCGAAGUGGUUAGAAGAGCUCCGCACGAAUUCAAGAUUGCUUGCUUGGAGGACAUAAAGGCCCUGUUUCCUACCGAUACAAAUCCAUUUUAUGCUGGUUUUGGAAACAGAGACACUGAUGAGUUUAGCUAUCUUAAGGUCGGGAUCCCACAGGGAAAAAUAUUCAUCAUAAACCCAAAGGGUGAGAUUGUUGUAAACCGGCGUGUGGACACCAAAUCGUAUGUGUCCCUUCAUGCCCUUGUACACGGGAUGUUCCCCACCAUGUCAUCUUCUGAACAGCAGGAAGAUUUUAAUUCAUGGAAUUACUGGAAACUUCCACCACCUAUGAUCGACUCUUGA